UGGAGAAACUUCAUUCGCUGUAAACAAACAAGUUAUUUGGAUAUGAUAUUGCAAUUAAACUAAUUCCUAAUUCUUAGGAACGCUAACUUUAUAAUAUGGCCACUAAUUCAACAAUACCUGUUAGAAAAUCGGCAGUCACCAACAAUAUGCUAAAACCUCAUCAAAAUCCUUUGCAAACAUUAUUACAGAUGGGUUUUCCUAAACAUCGAGCGGAUAAAGCUUUAGCUGCUACAGGAAAUAACAGUGCUGAAGUUGCAACAAAGUGGCUCUUAUCUCAUGUAAACGAUCCAUUUUUAGAUGAUAAUUCCCCCAGAGAAUAUAUUCUGUAUGCAUGUCCAAAGGGUUCAUUCUCAGAACAAUUGAAAGAAUAUUGGGAUAAAUCCUUAUAUUAUCAUGGAUGGAAUGGGGCUCAUAAUUUCACUCCUCAUAUAACACUCGUCUCAUUCUUUAAGGCGCCUGAUGAGGAUGCUCCAUAUCUUGUUAAGAGCUUAGAAUCGGUUAUGGAAAGAGAUGGAGCAGUUCUUAAUGAACCUCUCAAACUAGAAACAUAUACCUCUAGAAACUUCAUGGGUUUUUUCGUUGCAGAAGAGCCUGCAGAUCAUUUGAAGAGAAUUGCUAUGCAAUAUGUGAAAGAAGUUUCCAAUGCUAUAAUUAGUGACACAUAUGAACAUUUUGAUGCUCUGACAGCCUGUUUUCCUUGGUGCACAACUACUACAGCUAGAUGUAUACCUCGAGGCAGUAGAUCUAUCAACCAUGAACCCCAUGCCAAAUCAUUGCAUUUGACUUUAGCUUACCAAUUUCCGAAUAAUCAAUAUAAUGGCUUGAAGAAUUUGAUCGAGGAAUUGGAUCCCAAUCUUUCCGGGGAAUGGGAACUGAGACUAUAUUCUAGAGAUGCAAGACUUAAUGGAAAACAAGUAUAUAAGGUCAUCCGCGAGUACAUACCCACCGAAUCCGACGACCUUGAAUUGAGAAUCGACGACUAUUUAUAUGUGAGUUCAGAAGCCUUGAAUAGUUCAACUACUGACGGCUGGCUAGAGGGAACCUCCUGGUCUACGGGUUGCAGCGGUUAUUUCCUGGAAAGUUAUACUUGUCGUGUCCCAGAAUCCGACGCCUGGACCCUUCACAAAAGUGUGGCACUCAAUAAGUACGAGAAAUCGGGAGAUAUGGCCGAUCAUCAUCAUCAUGAAGUGGUGACAAAACCGCAAAUGAGGGAGUUUAUGAAGGACAGAAUGAUCGCGAAUUUGAAGGAUGCCGCUACAACAACAAAACUAUCCAAACCAAAUGAUCCCACAAAACGAAGUGUAUUUGUUUUACGUCACGCAGAGAGGGUGGAUUUCGUAUUUGGAAAAUGGGUCCCUCACUGUUUCGACGAAGCUGGAAACUACCUCAGGAAAGAUCUCAACCUGCCACCAUCAAUACCGCCAAGAAAAACGGGACCACAGGGUUAUAGUACCGAUGGUCCCAUAACCAGCGUUGGCACCUUCUACGCUAGAUCUAUUGGCGAAGUCUUCAAAUCUAAUAAUGUCAACAUUGAUCACGUCUAUUGCUCGCCUAGCUUUAGAUGUGUACAAACGCUUGACACGUUUCUUCAGGGUUUGGGGAAGAAAAAUGACAUCAAAAUCCGUAUAGAUCCUUGCAUUUUCGAAUGGACCCUCUGGUAUCCGAACAUUCCAGAAUGGAUGUCACUGGAAGAAUUAGUAGCAGCCGGUUUCAACAUCGAUACCGAUUACAAGCCAUUCAAGAGUAGGAGUGACAUAACAGCAAAGGAAUCUGUCGAGAACUUCUACUCUAGAAGUGCAGAAUUUUCGAAGAAGCUCCUGCAGGAGCACCCCACAGGGAACAUUCUUGUCGUCGGUCAUUCUGCGACCUUGGACACCUUAACGAGACAUCUGAUACAAGGAAAAGGGGCGAGGGACAAAGAUGAACUGUUUGGUCUCAUAAGUAAAGUUCCAUAUUGCAGUUUAGUUCAGAUAACGGAGGAGGGAGAUAAGUGGAAUUUUGUAGAUCCGCCAUGUCCACCUAUGACUUAUUGUGUGAAUCAUCGAUUCGACUGGAAAGUACUCUUAACACAUGAAUAGUGCCAUUUAUUUAUUUUCGAAUGCUUAAUUUAUUUAUAAGCUGAUACCAACGCUACCUACUGUGUACUGAAAAGACAUUGUUGUUGAUAAUUUAAAAUAAGUAUAAUUAUAUUCAGAGUGUAUAUCAAUAUAUUAUUAUAUACAUAUCAGUUCA